UUCUUGUUUUCAUCAUAUAGACAGAACAGCCGUGCUGCAAAGAUGGUCAAUGUACCUAAAACCCGAAGAGCCUUCUGUAAGAAGUGUGGCAAGCAUCAGCCUCACAAAGUGACACAGUAUAAGAAGAGCAAGGAUUCCUUGUAUGCCCAGGGAAAAAGGUGCUAUGAUCGGAAGCAGAGUAGCCAUGGUGGGCAGACAAAGCCAAUUUUCUGGAAGAAGGCUAAGACCACAAAGAAGGUUGUGCUAAGGCUGGAAUGUGUUGAGCCUAACUGCAGAUCCAAGAGGAUGCUGGCCAUUAAGAGAUGCAAGCAUUUUGAACUGGAAGGAGAUAAGAGAAAGGGCCAAGUGAUCCAGUACUAA